AUGCCUCCGGUGUCGAGAGCUCUGCUGGUGCUGGUGCUGGUGCUGGGCCUGGCGGUCUCCAUGAAGUCGGCUCAGGGAGCCAGACUGAGGCGCAGAUCCGCCAGACUGGACCUGGAUCCCGCAGUGACGCUUCAGAUCGGCAGGGCCGCCUCCGCCAUCGCCAACACGUCUCUGUCCCCGUGGACGUACAGAGAGUCCCGCGUGGAGUCUCGGCUGCCUCGGAGGAUCUUCCACGCCGUGUGCCUGACAUCCGGCUGCCUGAGCCUGCGGGGGGGAGCAGAGGAUGCAGCCAUGGAGGCCAAACCCAUCUACCACCAGGUCCUGGUCCUCCACAAAAUCUCGAAGAAAAGGUCCGGUAGCAGGAGGAGGAAACGGUACGGCUUCAGACUGGGGACGGAGGUGAUCUCAGUGGGCUGCACCUGUGUGAGGCCCAGUGUGGUCCCACAGCCGCCACACGCAGGACUCUUCUGA